AUCAUUUUAAACUUUAAAUAAAUCCACUGCACAUAAGAAUAUACACAAUCCUCCGCAUCCAUUCAACCACACUACACUAUUCAAAAAAUGAACAGUUUCGUGAAGUACGAUCACGGGCCGUCAGCCAGCAAAUUUUUCGAACACACCCGACGCACUGAUGCCGAUUUUCGRAGAAAGAUUUACGACUUGAAAAUCGCAAUGUACAAGACGACGUAUAAGAAAUCAUUUUAUUGGCCGGAACACAUACCCAAAUCCAAUGUCCAUCAAGUUGAACCUGAGUUUACCAUGAUACCAAAGCUAAAUGAAGAUCAGUACAAACAGCUGUACACGCCUAGAAUUUUAAAACACAGAAAUCUGAGUGAAAAUAAAAGGAUUGUACCUCCUUUGGAGUACUCGAAUAGUGCACCACCAAAAUGUCAAGAUGAGGAUUUAAAUUAUUCCGAUACACACGCAAGAUCUUUGUACCAAGAGAGCUAUAUAAAUUGGACGCCAAGUCAAGCGCAUAAAAAAGAGGAAACACCAGAAGAGUGGGUUCAGAAAUGGAGGAACGAGUGUCACAAUGUUCGAGAUGCUGACGAUUUAGUGCAGGAUUUAUCGAAUCGAAUUAUCAAAUCGCAAAGGAUGAUAUUAAAUAGGAAAAAGAUUGGCUAUGCUUAG